AAGACUCCCCGUGAGAAGGACGCCUGAGGCCGUGCUCGCUUCUGCUUUCUUACCCCGUCUUUGCUGGCGCCAAGGAUGCUCUGCCCGCCGCUUGCCCUGGGAGCGCUGGUGCUCAGCCUGGCAGGUGCCAUGGAGAUCCAGGUCCCGGAUGAGCCCGUGGUCGCUCUUUUCGGCCGAGACACCACCCUGCGCUGCUCCUUCUCCCCCGAGGCCAACUUCAGCCUCAACGACCUGAGCCUCAUCUGGCAGCUGACGGACACCAAACGUUUGGUCCACAGCUUCUCCGGUGGCCGGGACCAGCUGGCGGACCAGGGCGGGGGCUACGUCAACCGUACGGCCCUCUUUUAUGACCAGCUGGCCCAGGGCAAUGUCUCGCUGCUCCUCCGACGCGUGGAGAUCUCGGAUGAGGGCAGCUUUACCUGCUUCGUCCGGGUCCAGGACUACAGCAGUGCGGCUGUGACGUUGCAAGUGGCAGCUCCGUACUCCAAGCCCAAUAUGAACCUGGAACCCAACAAGGAUUUGAAGCCAAGGGAUCUGGCGGCUGUGACUUGCCACGCUUCCCGUGGCUACCCCGAGGCCAGCGUCCUCUGGCAGGACAGCCGGGGCAGAAACAUCACGGAAAACAUCACCACGUCCCAGGUGGCCAACGAGGAAGGUCUCUUUGAUGUGCGCAGCGUCCUCCAAGUGCUGGUGGAGCCCGGCAGCACCUACUCCUGCCUGGUGCGAAACCCAGUGCUGCAGCAGGAGACCCAAGCCUCCGUCACCAUCACGGGCCAACACCUCGCCUUCCCCGCCGUGGCUCUCUGGGUGACGGUGGGACUCGCCAUCUGCGUCGUGGCGCUGCUCGCCGUCCUGGCAUACGUGUGCCAGAAGAAAAUCCGCCAGAGCUGUGAGGAAGAGGAGGAAAAUGCAGGGACGGAGGAGCACGACGAGGAGGGGGAAGAACCCAAGACAGCCCUGCAGCCGCUGAAGAGCGCAGAGAGCAAAGACGAUAAUGAGGAAGAAAUUGAUUGACGGGAGCUGGGACACCCCCAAGCAGCGCCCUGUGCCCUGGACCAGCCGAGAUGUCCCCGAUGGGGACGAGCUCUGGGUCCCCUGGGGAGGGCACGGACCUGCUGCCACCCCUCGUCCCGUGCCUCGUCACCCUCCUCCCACCCCGGCCACGUCUUCGGGGCACCCUGGGGCUGGAGAGAGGCUGCGUCUCUUUAUCCCCGGCAAGCCCCGAAGACCGGCGCAUCCUUCCCGGGGACGGUGUGUGCGGGGAGGAGGCUCCUUGUCCGUCUGUCUGUCCCCACGUGGGGCUGAGAGCAACCGGGGUUGACCGUUCCCCCCCAGCACCCUCUGUGCCUACUCCCGCGUGGCCGCAGCCGAGCCAGCCGCCUUCCAGGUGCCUUCCGGGGUGAAUUCCGGUGCCCUUUCCAAGCCCAGAGGCCUCGAGAGGGGUGAUGGGCUCAGCGAGGUCCCUGGGAGCGACCAGUGGAGCCCCGGAGGCUCUGGGAAGAUGGAUGGGACCUACGGGACCCCCAGGCACGGGAGGACAGAGUUGGUGCUCUCGGACCCCAUGGAUUCACCGCUCCAGGGAUGUAUGGGGACGAUUAUUUUUUUUCACAUUGUACCACUGUGUUUCCCACUGGACUUUUAUUUUUGCCUUAAAUGCAAAA